UUACGUAAAACACCAACGAAGAAGUAAAUGAGAAAGCUGGCACGUCGUAAACAUCCGAGUGUUUUGUAGUUAUUUUUGCGGGCAGCUUUUCUUUUGUGCUCAUUUUCGUCAAGUGACGGAAUCAUCAUAUUCACAGAAAAAUAUCUAGUCAGAAUGAAGCUGGAUUUUACAAUGGAGUUCUCGAAUUACCUUAGAUAAGCAGCAACGAACAAAGCGACCAGUUUGUUGGCGAUGUCCUGCUAAAUCAAAUAUGAAUGUAAACUCUUUUGAUUUUCGCGUGUAAGAAUGAUAGAAUACUAGGAGGUAUUUUGUCGAGUAAAAGAUUCAAGAGGAAAACGAACGACCUCUAUCACUGCACGCAAUUUUCAUGACGCACAGAACAGAUAAAGAAGAAGAUCUUUAUCCUGAGCGGCAUCAACUGAAGACGAGGGUGGAAGAGGAAGAACCACAACUCCCUCAUGUUAAAGAGGAAGAGGAGGAGGCUGACAUCGGCAGGUUCCCCAUGCUUCGUGUCAUUGUGAAGAGUGAGGAUGAUGAAGAUGAGACUCCGUCACCAUCUCCUGACACUGGCGUUGAGCGUCAUACUCACAAUAAAUACUUGACAUGUUCUCAGUGUGCUAAGACAUUCAUCAACAAGUCAACAUUGGAAAGGCACAUGAGAUGUCAUACAGGAGAGAAACCUUUCAUGUGCUCGCUUUGCGGAAAAGGUUUCACACAGAAAGGAAGCCUAACAACGCACACAAGGACACACACCGGAGAAAAACCACAUCUCUGCUCGGUCUGCAACAGAAGUUUCAACGACAGUUCAGCAUUAACUCGACACAUGACAACACACGCUGGGGAGAAACCUUUUACCUGCUUGUUCUGUGCUAAAAGGUUCUCUAUAAAAGGGAAUUUUGUAGCCCACACAAGGACGCACACUGGAGAAAAGCCGUAUUCUUGCUCGGUCUGCAUUGCGAGUUUUCGAGUUCGGUCAGGUUUGGUUCAACACAUGCGAACGCACACUGGGGAGAAACCUUUCGCCUGCUCAGUUUGUAGUCAAAAAUUCUCACAAAAGGCGACCCUGAGAGAACACAUGAGAUCACACAGUGGCGAAAAACCUUUUUCUGUAGCACAAGUUUUAGUUACCAUACUUCAUUCAUUCAGCACAUGAAAAAA